GCAGUUUCGUGAUCCAAUCGUGGCUCGUGAAACACGUGUUAUUUUUACAGAGUACGCAUUCGGGUCGUAUGGCAUACGCGUAACACGAAUAUAUAGGGUUUAUUUGGUAAAAACGGUGCGUCGAGCGUUUACGCGAAAAGUGCCUGGGAUCGGCGACUCGUUGCUUUCGGUCCGCUCGUCGAUCGAUCCGCUAAUUUCUCUAAUGGGUCACGUAACUUGACGAGAAAGCGUAACCUUGCAAAAUAGUGUGCAUCGAAAUGAUCGAGCUGUGUACAAAGAAACGAAUGCUGAUCGCUAUCACACUAUUGGGAGGGUUAGUUUCGUUAACGGUUUUAGUGCUAAUCGUCGAAAGCCAUUGGACGGACAAUUCCAACAAACUUUAUAUAGAAAAUUUCGAGAACAAUACGGCCUGCCUGUCCGGCGACGAAUACGAAAUAAUCUCGGAAUGUCAUCCUUGCUCCGCUUUUGAAUUAGCGAGCAAAAGCAUCGACGUGUGCGUUCACGCGAGAUACAAGGAGGUUUUAAAAUGUAAAAGCGGCGAAACGGUGACCAGAAGCUGCGACAGGGUAGCUUGGCUGGAAGAGAAAGCGUUCUGGAAGUUCGAGGCGUUCGUGUUCGUGCUAGCCUUCGGUUCCUGCUUGAGCAUUUAUUGGAGAGAGAACGUUUUGAGGCAAAGGAUAAUAAGGAAAGUGGCCAGGCAACUGAGAGCCAGCGUGUAGAACGCGACCAGCCGAAGCCGGUGGAAUUAUCUCUUUUUUAUCUUCUCGUCGAUACGUUUAUGGUUUCGUAGGCAGCCGAAACGAAAAGAUGGACGAAGUC